UGUUCCUCAUCGGUUCAGUCUGUCGGGCUCCGCUCAUCUUGCAGGUGGACCUCCAGGAACCGCGCGCGGCUGCUGGCGCGGAGUGAGCGGCUCCUCUGUCAUGGACCCCCUCCUGAAAACCGGCAUGACGUCCUGAAGAGGCGAGAAGGUUCUCACACGCAGAUUCCUCUCUCAUUCAUCUUUCGGUAAGAUCCACCCUUUUCUCUGAGCGAUGGCGAAGAGCGACACAUGGCCGGGCGGCGCCGCCAUGGGAUCGCUGAACGCUGUGGACAGUGCAGGGAGCUGUGACAGUGUAAUCAGUGGGAACUCUGCCUGCAGCGAUGACAGCAUGGAGCACCUGUCUCCAGAGGAGAGGGCGUGUCUCAUGUUUCUGGAGGAAACCAUCGAAGCGAUGGAGAUGAUGGAGGACAGCGGGCUUUCCAACGACGAGCUUGAUUUUGGACAUAAGUUGGAAAGCAACAAUCCACCGACAGUCAACGGUAUUUCCAGUUCGUCACACGAGAGUGAUGAAAGUCUCAGCUGUGCUGCAGCCGAUCCCGGUAUCACAACAAACCACCGAACUCCUGCACUCGAUCCAACGCCUGAAUCCACUCCAGCUCCAGCUGUCACCAGCAAGGACGUUGAAACGGCAGACUUGGAGGUUCAGUCCAGUCCUUCAGUGUCCAGAUCAGCUUCUGAUGUUGCUCCCCGGACACCAUUAAACCCAACUCACGCCUCCCAUAAGAGCUGGGAUCUUGGGAAUCCAGAAGUCGCCUCUGAAGUGGAUCUGAGCAUUAUCCCGCCUCCUUUAGACUUCAUGGAUGAACCUGAACUUCUUCCUCUACCGGAGGAGCUAAAUGAAUUCCCUCCACCAGCAGAACCCUUCCCUGAGCCGGACGCUCCACCACCUGCUGACUUGCAGCAGCCGGAGCCAAAAGUCCUGACAGAGAGUCCUUCACUGAACUCUGAGGUGGAUGGUCCUUCCUGUUCACCUCCACCAGCAGAGGAGGAUUCUGUUCCUCUAAAUCCAUACCUCGAGGUUCCUGAGCCUAGAGCCCCCCCUGCUGUGGCCCCAAAGCCAAAAUCAAUUCCGGCCAACAUCCCUCUGAGGUCCCACAAGCCCACAGGCUCUGAAGGAACCAGCAGAACCAGCAGAGAUGUGUUGAUGGACCCUCAGAAGGUGCGAAUGGAGGCGCUUCGAAAACUCGGGCUGCUCAAGGAGGAGGAGGCACCGCCCCCUGCUUUUGCCCGUGGGGGUAGCCUAAAAACCAGAUCACCCCAAGAGGCUCCUAUCUCUCCAAUCAGCCCAGGAAAUCCUCCCCUGAAGUCAGCGCUGUCCUCUCAUGCCCACAGCCAGCCUGCGUCCUCCACCCCUGAUGUCCUCCCAGCUCCUGUAGCCUUCAGUGACGUAGACGGACUUCCUCCUCCGGGUAAUGAAGCCCGUGGAGCCCCCCCAGCCCCAGUGAAGCAGCAAACAACACCAAAAAUCACGCGAUCAGCCACCUUUGAGCAAUGCAGCUUGGGUCCGAGCGCCAACGCAGCCGGUCAAGGCGACGCCACGCAAAGCCCCAAGGAACUACGCAAAAUGCGCCCGCGCCCCGCCUCUAUGGGGUGCGGGAAGGAGCUAUCCCACCCCAUAGGAGGGGACCCGUUUCACAUGGCCCACUCUUUAAAGAUGCAGCAGCUGCCCGCUCAGCGACACGCCCCCAACGUCUUCCAGCCUUCCCGAGAGUCGGGCAAGCUGCCGCGGUCGCAGGGGAUCAGCGUGCUGAUCUGCCCUCGCCCGGAGAACGCCGAGGACCGCCGCGAGGCGCUGAAGAAGCUGGGACUUCUCAGAUAUUGAGCGCCGUCUUCACACCUCAACACUCCCCAUAAAAACCGAGACUGAACCGGGCCAGUCAGGACUGAACCGGGCUUUUAGAGCUUUUUAACCACAUGGGUUUGAGAUUCUUCACUUUUACAGCCGAUCUGAUUGGUCAGAAUCAAAUCCACACCUGCAUUCAUGAAGUGUACAAACAUUUAUGAAGUCUUAUAUGAAGAAAACUGGAAGUAGAGUUCUUGUUAAGUAUUAAUUUACUCUUUUAUUUGUGCACUUAUGAUCUGCCACCUUUUGUUUUUUGGGAUGUCUUCGUACUUCUAUUUAAGUUCCUCCCUGUACUUUGUUUUACUGUAGACGCCUCUCUCUUCUGUCUGUUUCAAAUCCUGUAUAUUUAUUAUUAAACAGCACAGCGUCUAAA